AAAAAGGCUGUGCAAUGGGAUGCCUUGAGAAACAAGUAUACUGGUAGCCUGUCAAUCAUUCCUAUCUUGAAGCCUUGUCAGCAUUGCCAAUUAUCAUCUACUCAUCAAUCUUUGUUUUUCUGUGUGUACUGUUAAUUUUCUGUAGUAGAAGAUGUCCUCUAUAUAUUUGUGAGAAGGGAUCUCAUCUUUAAUUUAAUCGAAAAGUCAAAGGUCUCAAGGCAGCUCAUGUCCAGGCAGUGAGAAGGGACCCAAUUGCCUUCCCGCUCAGCCAAGCUUCCAUUGGCACCACUUCUAGGCUCUGAUCUCUUGUAUUCUCUGCUUCUUCUACAGAUCGAUCAUAUCCUUAUUUCAGCCCCAGGUCUUCAGGUUCAAAGCUUCACUCUCCAGACUUAAGGAGCUGCUUUCAGGAUGUUGCCUCUUGAAAAUGAUAUUCAGCACUGAAGUUGCUUGAUUUUAUUCUCGCAAGGAGAUUAAGUGAGGGGAAUUAAGGAGAAUUAGGAGAGUUAUGGGAGUUGUGCUUCUGGGUUUCUUGGGCCAGCUAAUCGAACGGCGAGCUUCUCAGCGGUGGAAGCAAGCGGGAAGAGCAUCUUACCGCUGCAGCUAGAGCCUCCUGAUCUUUCUUACUUCCUGCUACUUAUAUAUGUAAUUCUCCUAGUUUCUUCAUCCUUUAUGCAUGAAAUUUUAGCUGGGAUGAGCACACAUAUCAUACAAUUGUUACAAGGCCUGUGUUCUGAUGGUCUAUGGAAGUACGGUGUCUUCUGGUCAUUCAAAAGCGAGACGAAUGGGUGGAUCUUGACUUGGGGUGAUGGAUAUGUCAAUAAAAUGAUAGAAGACAGACAAAUGGGAGAUCUAUCUGCUGGCGCCACUGUUCGUAAGAAUCAGAUAAUACCUUCCACGUGCUGCAACAAAAGCUAUCCAUUUUGCCCCAUUGAGGCAGCACUGAUGAGAAUGCCUAGCCAUUUGUACCCUCUUGGAGAAGGGAUUAUUGGUAAAGUAGCACUUACAGGACAACAUUGCUGGAUUUCUGCCAAUGAGCUUGGUUCAACAGCUAUGCAUAAGCACUUAUAUUUUCAGUACCAAGAAGACUGGCAGCUUCAAUUUGCAGCCGGAAUCAAGACGGUUCUGCUUGUACCAGUGGUUCCUCACGGGGUUCUUCACCUGGGCUCUUUAGAUACGAUUUUUGAAAGUGCAGCGUUGGUGGCACUCAUAAAGGACAUGUUUCAUAAGCUUUGUGAUGCUUCAGUAUCUCAUGCCUCUUUAUCCACUGGGUCUGCCUACUCAAAUAAUUUGAGGCUACCAACUGCAACUCUAUCAAUCAAUCAUCCAGAUGUUAACUUGAUUGAUAGUUCUGCUCAGAUCUUGAAUGUUGAUCACCACAGUUUAACACAUCCCUUCAGUACAUCAGAAGUUCCAAUAUUAGAAGACAUCACUAUAGGUUCCUACAGAACUAGUCCAACAGGUUGGCCUAAUGGACUGCUGGGUGAUAAUGGAACGAUUGGGCAUGAAUAUUUCGAAGGCUUUUCUCUGACAGAUAUGACACAUUGGAAUCAAGAGAAUACUCACGGCAGCACUAUUGUUCUAAAUGAUGGUGUAGUGAUUUCAAAUACUUCAAUUCAUUCAGAGUUUCACAGAGAUCUCAUGGUAAUGUCCAGGGAAGAACAAGAGCUCUUCAUGUGGCAUUGUAGGUCGAAACAACAAGAACCUACAAGCCCUGCUCUCCCUCAAGUGAAUGGCAACGAUGCUGAUUUUUAUGUGCAGCUUGAAACCAACAAUUACGCAGAAUUAUUACUAGAUACAAUAAUCGACCAGAUUGGUCAUACAUCAAACAGUGAAUCUUCUCCCUCAACUGAUUCUCCAUUUUCAUGUGAAACACAAGUUAAAAAAGAAGAUCACUCAUUGAGGGUGGAUGAAUCGUCAAUUUCUGAUAUCCCAGGUGGUCAAGAACUUUCACCUAUAUCCAUGAAUGAAGGGUUCAUAAGUUGUGCAAUGACUGAUGGAUGCAUGGGAAUCAACAAGACUAUAACUGAAGAAUGCUUAGUUGAAAGUACGCUUGGGAUAAAUUCAGCUGAAAUCAAAAGAAGAUACAGAAAAGUUGAGCUCCAGAAACCAAGACCAAGAGACAGGCAAUUAAUCCAAGAUAGGAUGAAGGGGUUGAGGGAGCUUAUUCCAAAUGCAUCAAAGUGCAGCAUCGAUGCUCUACUGGACAAAACCAUAGCGUACAUGCUGUUCCUCCAAAGUGUAUCCGAGAAAGCUGAGAAGAUUCAGAAUACAUUGGAAGACAAGGAAUCCCACAAUGAGACAAAGAAGCAACUUGAAGGCUGCCCACUAAGAGUUGAACAGCUUAAUCAGCCUGGCCAUCUUCUCAUUGAGAUGUUGUGCGAGGACUACGAAGUCUUUCUUGAGAUGGCCCAUGUGUUGAAGGGCCUUAAGGUGAGCAUACUGAAAGGAGUGCUGGAGCACCGUUCCGACAAGCUUUGGGCUCGCUUUGUCAUUGAGGGUUCGGAUGGCUUCAACCAGAUGCAGAUUCUGUGCCCGCUAAUGCAUCUCCUGCGUAGGAUAUGAAAUUCAAGCAGGGUUCAGAUGGUUUCAACCAGAUGCAGAUUCCGUACCCGCUGAUAGGAGAUGAUGGCUUUGUGUUUUGUGUUUCGUUGAAAUGUUCCCGAGACUCAUCUGACUCUGUUUGCGUGGUACAAACGUACAGCAAAAUAAUGGAUGGAUGUAUUUUUUAGAUCCCAGCAAGACUGGAAUGUUGUUAUAUCCAUAUUUUCAAUCGUGUGCAGCAAAAUAAAAGUUGAA